GCACAAGAAGCGAAGUGAAUCAGAGAAGGAUGGCCAUUUGGAGGAAGGAAGAUAAAAAGCUUAGCCGGAAAGCGAGGGGAAAUAUAAGUAACAGGUCGGGAUGUCGAGAAAAAGCUACACCGGGGAUCAGUAGUUUAAAAGCACGAAAUAGUCAUUUGUAUGCAGCCGAGAGGACGACGCGAUGAAAGAGUGCGUGAAAAUUGACGAAACAACGCAGCCGAUGUGGGGAAUAACGAAUUUCGUUGUUCACGUUUCCCGGCGCUGAUCAUUUAUUUGAAAGUCCGACGGUAUAAACUCGCGCGCUUUACUGCGAAACGUUCUAGCUCGCAUGGAUUUUCCAAUCAAUUUUGAAAGUUUGCAUAUCACACACGUUCCAAAACGCGCGAAGACAUUUAUAUGUGUCAGUGGUCGUUUUCCGAUUUCGACGGGUUUGCGCGCGCGGUCCAGUGUGGCAGAACUUGAUUCUUCAACGAUUUUUCGACUGUCACAAGGUGUGUCGCGAAAUGGAACGAUUUCUCGAUCGACGUCGUAUAAAACAGAGAUCGAAGCGUAGUUACAUCGUCCAUCACCAUCACGUUUUCCUAUCGUACAUAACGAAGCAGAUGAUUAAAAACUUGUUUUUCAUCUCUCCGCUACACAUAGGAAAUCCCGCGACCACAUCCCCCGCCGCUGUAGCUCCAAAAUAUUAUUCAUCCUCAUAACGAUUUCCGACUCCACACCAGGACUCUCAGAUAGCUCGAAAAGCGUGAGAUAAGUAAAAAAAAAAAAAAAAAAAAAGCAGCAAAGAGAGAAAAAAAGAAGCCGUAGGAGGUCCCGGCGCGAUACAGCGAGAGCGGAAAGAGUCAGUGCGCUGCUCUCGCGUUACCCACACAUACAACACACAAAGAGAGCCCGAUAGAAGCUCGUGUGGUAGUCGGUCGGUCUCGGCCGCGGCUGGUACCAGUGGUACCAGCAUUCUCUUCUUCCUGUUCCCCUUCCUCCGCGGCUCUCUUUCUCUCUCCCUCUCGACUCCCACGAAUAAUCCAGUCGCUGCAGCCGCAGUGUGUUGCUCCUCAAACUCCUCUCCUACUUCUCCUCUCUUUGAAAAGCGAACGGCUCUGAGAGCGAGAGAGAGAGAGAACGAGAGGGGGAGAGCAUAUACCGCAGUUCGAAUAACCUGCCCGUCGCGAGGAGUUUCAGUAGUAGGAGAGCGAGCGCCCGACGACGUGUUCAGCUGCGAGCGCUCGCCGUAUAUACAUUAUAUAUCGUAAUACAUCUCUGCGUCCGCUAUAUACUCGCUCGGAGUCGCUUCUUCUGCACUUCUCUGCCGCUUGGAAUAAUCGAGGAUUAUAACGAGUUUGGAGUCGUUUCUAUGCGCGAAUCGCGAGAGCAGCGCGUUUGAUUUCUCUCUGUCUCUCCGGUGUUGGAUGACUUUCUCCGCGAGGGUAUCGUAAGAGCGUAUACACUCGUGUGGAAAUUCGCGCGGUAAGAGAGAAGAAGGAAUAAAGGACAGUGUUUUCGGCGAUGCGCCGAGUGUUGUAGCCCGCAAUAUACGCGACUGUGUUAGAGACCCUCUCUCUCUCUCUCUCUCUCUCUCUCUCUCUCUGUCUCUCUCUCUUUCUCCGAGUCUACCUGCCCUCGCCGUUGUUCGAGAGGAAGACACCUGGCAGCAGCGCAUCGAGUCACUACUGGCAUCGCCUGAAAGAAGCUCCAGUUCUGUGAGGCAGAAACCCCAGCAAAAUGAGGAACUCCACACUGCUCAAGUGGGCACAGAACUCGGCCAACAAUAAAAACCAGCCAACUAAAAACGGAGGUACCGGCAGAAACUGGAUACACCCACCGGACGCUCUCCAGAAAGGCCACAUCGCUUACCUAGUCAAGUAUCUCGGCAGCACCGACGUUGAGCAGCCGAAGGGAAUCGAAGUCGUGAAAGAUGCGAUCUGUAAGCUCAAGUUCAAUCAACAAAUCAAGAAGAGCGAGGGUACGAAGACGCCGAAAGUUGAGCUGACUAUCAGCAUCGACGGCGUUGCCAUUCAAGAACCAAAAACUAAGACGUCUCCAAAGCGAAUCAUGCACCAGUAUCCCCUGCACCGGAUCUCGUACUGCGCGGACGACAAGGGCGAGAAGAAGUUCUUCAGUUUCAUAGCCAAAGAGGAGGACGCGGAGCGGCACACGUGCUUCGUCUUCGUGAGCGACAAGCUCGCCGAGGAGAUAACGCUGACGAUCGGCCAGGCGUUCGAUCUCGCCUACAGGCGCUUCCUCGAGACGUCAGGCAAGGACCUCGAGGCCCAGAGGCGCGCUAUGGUUCUCCAGCAGAAGAUAAAGCGGCUCGAGCACGAGAACAACGUCUACCGCCAGCGGCUCCAGGACAUCGCCACCAUCAAGGGAUCGGCCGACAUAAGCUCGUACCUCGCGCAGCACGAUAUCCCGGACAUCCUGCACGUCCCCGACAGCUCGUCCUCGUCGGCGACGCCCGCGAAGGAGAGCAGCAUCCCACGGGUCAACGGUAGCGCUGGUAAGCUCUUCAUCAACAACUCGACCGCCGACACCAACGGCAACGCUUCGAACGGCGGUCAGCAGCCUCCGCCGGUUCCGCCCAGGAGCUUCGAGAAGUCCUUCGACGACAACUUCAUGGGAAGCGAGCCCUCGUCGCCCCAGAACUCGACCGGCGGAUCGAACAAGGGCGAGGGACUCCUGAUCGACGAGUUCGACGAGGAGGACUUCAACCCCCGAGCUUUCGAGACAUCGUCCAACGGAAUAACCAAUCAUCUGUCCAACAACAACACGUCCAACGGCCAGAUCACCGCGGGGGACAUUUUCACGCAGACGAACGGAAUGAAUUCUCCUCCGCUGCUGGCUCCACCGCCCAAGGCUAAGGACUCGAGGAGGCAGAACGGAGUGAAGGAGGACUUGUUUGGAAGCGUCCCGUUCAAUCCGGCGCCCAACUUCAUCAAAAGCGACUUCAAAGACCCCUUCGAAAUGGGAGAGUUCGGCGCGUCCACAGUUCACUCGCCCACGCAUCAGGAACUCGAAAACGCCAUUGGCCUUCUGGACAAGAGACUAUCGGAGAUGAAGGACGGCUUCAGUCGGGGUCUGUCGAUUGGAACGGACGACUUCUCCCUGGAGAGCCUGGAUCCGUUGCGAAACUAAUUAAGAAGAAUUACGAAGCAGUGGCUCGUCCGGAAGGCUAAAUGCAAUGUGAUAAGCGAGAAAGAGAGCGGGAGAUAUACAGCGGCGGAGCUUGCGGCUUUCCAGACCACUGCAGUUCGGAUCGGGAAGGAUGCGAGCGUCGAAUGGACCAAUUGGAUGAUGGGUCGCGCAUGUGAAACCAAAAUUAGUCAAUUUACCUUUAACGCUAAACGUAUAUUUAUGAUUGUGCAAGUCCUAUGUAUUUAUGAUGCAAAUGUCGUCUGUCUCGCGGCGUUUAUUUUCCGUUCACACAGCUGUGUCAAAGAAGAAUAAGAAGAAGGAAAAAUUGUUUCGACUUUAUACGUCAUGAGUUUUGUGCACGUCGAUAAGGCUUUCUUUUUGUUUCGUUUGUUUGCGCGAGGAGCUAACCAUCGAUUUAUUAGAGGAUUAUGCCAAGCGUAGCGAGCUUUUCUACUAUUAUUUCCCUUUCCAUACGAGCUCGCUUACGCUGCGCAGUCAGCCAGUUUUAGAUUAGCCGUUUCCUCAGGCAAAGUCAGCAGCGCCCGCGCCUCGUUCGACUUUAAUAUGUCAUUGUGUGUGUCUCGAUUUAUAAUCGUAUCUCUGCUAUGUUUUUUUCGCGUUCCGCAUCUUCUUGGACCGACAUUGCAUCUGGAAGCGUAAUUAGAAUGUUUAAGUUUAGCUUGUAAGAAAAGAGAUUUAUAAUAUAUAUAUGUAAUAUUAAAUUAAAGUAGAGGGGUAAAUGUCGUCUGUGCGAGAGACUAUACGCGACCGCAGGCUGUGCGCGUUUCUGGCGAGAAAAAGAUGAUUGACAUUGAUUAAUCGAUUAUGUAGCGUUGUAUAACUGUUUUUAGUGCCUCUAUCACAUGGUUGAACAAUGCCGAUUACUUUAAUUCAAAAGCGUUUCCUCAUUAUCUAUAUCAUAUACGCGCUGCACGAUGUUUCAAACGACAGAAAAUAGAAGACUCGUUUUCGUUCCCCAACCGUGUUUUACUUUUGGAUAAGAAUAUACAAAGUGACAGUGAUUUGAUGCCUAUUGCGGAACUCGUCUGCAUUGCAAAUUUAUGAUAUAAAUAAUAGCGAAUGACUUUUUUAUAGUAAUUAAUUUAAUUACUUUUGCUACACUAAACAACAAUCCUAAAUAGAUCGCGUAUUCCCCUGAAUUUGAUAUUCUGAUAUUAAGUUAAGAGGGAUAAAGAUAGAUGAAUUGCUACGUCGAUUAAUUUGUUUUUUCUGUUAAGUAAAAAUGCAAUGCGCACAUUCGCGCGCAUUACUCGGACAUAAUUUCGGUUAUCGCUUAGCUUAAAAAACUAUAUAGGAAUCUCAAAUUUUGUUUUGUUUUAUAAGAAUGAUUUUUAAAGAAAUAGAUUUUAAACUGCAUCAAAUUUAUAAAUAUACUUGUGUAUAAUAUAAGUGUAUGUAUAUGAGUACGCGAAUAAUUAAGAAUAACUUUUACAUGGAUAUCACGAGAUACGAGAUAUUGCGUAUAUAAUAUGCUGCGGAAUCGCAAAAAAAAAAUAAAUUAUGUACAUAUAAAAUUUCCAUGUUUGUUGCUAUGUUAUUUAAGUAUUAUGUAUUCAUAAUGAAAUAUACAGUAUGAUUAUUUAA